CCAUUGAAGAUUUAAAGUUAAUGUUUCCAAAGCUUGGAGAUUUUUUAAAGAUUAAGAGUGUAUUUUUAGCUAUAUAUUCUAAGGUAUACAUGCACUUGAGGAGCCAUGUGAACUAAUAUGUGGCCAAAAAAGAUGCAAAAGAUUAUUUACAUCUUUUCAUAGUUUUCAAAAACAUGUGCGUUCUCAUAUUAAAAAGCAAGCUCAGAAAUUGCCUUUUGUUACUAAUCAAUUAUUUGAUUUACCACAAAGCAAUAUUAAUACCCAAGACAGCUUUAUGCCAGAAGAUUUUAAUAAUUUUAAUGAUGCUCCUGAUGCACAACCAAUUCUUGAUAUAGCUGAAUGUUUUGACCAUAGAGGAAUAUUCUUACCAGCUGCCAGGUUUCUUCUUAAUUUAAUGUCUGCCGUUAUUCCAUUAAGCAAUAUAAAUGACAUCCGUAAUGGUUUGGAUGAGAUGUUUUCUGUUUUUGCUUGUGCUGUGCAACAGAAAGUCAGUGAAGUAUUCACUAUGAAAAGUUUAGAGAAUAAAAACACUGCAGAAAUUUUUCUUACUGCUCUUAAACAUCCAUUCCAGAAUAUUGACACUGUGAAAAAGCUAAGUACAUAUCUAGAAAAGGUUGGUGCAUUAAAUAUCCCUACUGAAAUUGUAUUGGGACAUCGGUGGGAAACAAAGAUGGGCAAGCAAGUUCAAGUAGAAGACACUUUUAUGUUUGUACCCAUCAGCAAAACCCUUAAGUAUAUUUUUAGACAUUCAGAUUGUUGGUCAGCCUGCACUUUUAACGAAACUGUAGCUGAAGGUGGAAUCUUGUGUGACUACCAAGAUGGAAGUAAUUACCAAGCACACCGAAAUCGCCAUCCCUUGCCUUCAGUUGAUUUUAUUACACACGAACUUGUUAUUCAACUUUAUUAUGAUGAUGUGGAAACAGUAAAUCCUAUAGGAACAAAAGCGUCCAUACACAAGCUUGGAGCAUUCUACUUUAUUUUGAAAAAUUUUCCAGCUAUUUUCAAUUCUAAUUUAGCAAAUGUACAUUUAGUUGCAUUGACAUAUGUCAAUGACAUAAAAAAGUAUGGCAUUAAUGCAGUUUUAAGAGCAAUUGUUGAUGAUUUAAAGUGUAUGGAGGAUGGAUUUCAAAUUGAAGUUCAGGGUGAAGCAACUUCAAGACGUGUGCGAUGCAUUCUUGGUCAAAUUACAGGGGACAACCUUGGAAUUCAUACUUGUUUAGGCUUUGUAGAGUCUUUUAAUAGUGACUUUUGUUGUGAUCUAUGCACAGCUGACAAAAAAACAAUGCAAAACAGUUUUACAGAAAUUCCAAAGCUUCAACGAACUGUAGCACAAUAUGAGGCAAUUGUUAAUAAAUUAGCAGCACAGCAAGUUUAUAAAGCUGAGUUUGGAAUUAAAGUUGUAAGUAUUUUGAAAGAACUUAAGUACUAUCAUCCGGCUAAAAAUGAUACUGAAGACAUCAUGCAUGAUAUUUUGGAAGGUAUAGCUCCUUUAGAAAUCAAGUUAGUUCUUUAUAAUUUUAUUUACAUUCAAAAUCUUUUUGAUUUAAAUUUGUUAAAUAAUCGUCUUAGACAUUUUCCUUAUGGAUUAACAUUACAAGACAAAAAACCCAGUCUGAUAACUGAAAAUUGUUUAAAAGAUAACAGUUCUCUUCUCGGACAGAGAUCUAGUCAAACAAUGACUUUAUUAAUUGUCCUGUCUUUGUUGAUUGGUGAUAAAGUACCAAGUGACUCUGAACACUGGAAACUUUUGCUGCUACUGUUAAAAAUUUCAAACAUUGUAUUUUCACCUGCAGUCCACAAAUCUGACAUGACAUACUUAGCUGCUUUGAUUGCUGACCAUAACUCACUGUUCAAAAAUCUUUUUCCAAAUAAGAAUUUAAUGUACAAACACCACAGGCUUACACAUUAUCCAAGUCUAAUCCUAAAAAAUGGGCCACUAGCCAGGAUGUGGUGUAUGCGUUUUGAAGCCAAACACAAUUUUUUCAAGAGAAUAGCCCACAUUGUGUGCAAUUUUCGUAACAUUGCGUACACUCUUGCAUUUCGUCAUCAACUUGCACAAUGUAGUGAGUGGUGGAAAAAAACUGGUUUUAAACAAAGUCUUGUUGUGGGCACAUUUACAGAAACACUUUUAUAUCUUGUGCCAAAUGGAGAAACAAUAUCAUCACAUUUCGCAGAUAAACAUGUUGUUGUAUAUAUUGCAAAUUUUAUUGAAGCCUAUGGUACUGUUUACAAACCUGGAAUGUCACUAAUAGCAGACAUUAAUGAACAUGGAGAGCCAACUUUUAUUUGUAUAGACAAGAUUGUGAUAAUGGACAAAAAAGCUCAUUUGUUAUGUCUUAAUUUUAGGCUAAUUCAGUUUGAUGAGCAUCUUCACAGCUACACUGUAACUUGUGAUGACACCAACACUGUCAGCUGUUACACACUUGAUAGUUUGCAUGAUUAUCAUCCUGUUUUUUCAGAAUGUACAGCCUCCUUGUCUUAUCAAUACCAAUGAAGCAUAUAUACCUUUAGAAAGCUCUGCAUCUACAUAUACUGAUGUAAGACAGUCUAUUGAACCAACAACAACAAUCAGAUUUUUAUUGAUACUUGUCUCUAAUAUAUCAACAAUUAUGUAUAACUUUUUUAUUAACUAUUGGUAUUGAAAUAUGUAUCAGUAUGUAAAUCGCUCUCUAUUAUCUCAAUAUUUGGAUGAAGACAAAGGUGUUAACUUACAUUAUUCUUAGCAUAUUUGUUUAAUUACAGAAUGUACAGCCUCCUUGUCUUAUCAAUACCAAUGAAGCAUAAAUACCUUUAGAAAGCUCUGCAUCUACAUAUGCUGAUGUAAGACAGUCUAUUGAACCAACAACAACAAUCACAACAGAUCAAAUAAGUUUUAAUGUUGUCAGCAGUUCUUCUAGUUCACAUCAAUGUCAAUAUAAGUU